AUGACUAAACAUACUAAAGAACACGAUAAACAUCUUGCUAGAGAUGGACAUACUGAGAUACGCUAUGGUAUAAAGAAGAAUGGUGCUGGCAAAGGCAACUGGGGUCUCUUAGAUGACCAAGCAGGCUACGAACAUACUCAAAAACCUACUGAUAAACUAAAUCUAGUGCAACCUGAAACAUUUGAUAAAAUAAUAAAAAAGUCUGAUUAA